CAACUUUCUUUUCUCCGCGUUAACGGAGCUGCGUAGUCAUCUCAUUUCUUACCGUCUCUUGUGCUGCUGACAGGUGGCUGUCCCGCUAAGCCGUACGAAUAACGAACCGAACCUAUUCUUUUGACUACAGCCAAACGAGCAAUGGCAUCCACAGAGCUCGGGAAUAUUCAGGACACGAAAAUGGUCGUGGACGAGCCGCAGACGACUGAAGAGACUGGGCCGAGGGUCCAAGAGAAGGAAACUGUCGCACCGCGUCGCUCGUCUCGCAUUAGCGCGACCACUGGUCCAACCAGCAACGGUGCAGCAAAUAAAGCUAAACCUGCACCCAAGGCUACAAAGAAACGCUCUGUGCACGACUUGGCGGAUAGCGAGGCUGGCGACGCUAAGGAAAGCACGAAGAAGGCGAAGACAGCUGAGGAAGACGAGGGAAUGAAACUUGGUGAAUCUUUGCCUGAUCUCGUACUCAAGAAUGAAGAAGACGCAGAAGUCAAGGUCCAAGAGCUUGCAGCGGGCAAGAAGGGUGUUGUGCUAUUUUUAGUGCCGAAGGCUGAUACACCCGGUUGCACGACGCAAGCCUGUGGUUUUCGGGACAUCAAUGCGGAUUUCGUUACUGCGGAAUUUGCUGUUUACUGUGUCUCGGCUGACACUCCAGACAAACAGAAAAAGUGGAAAGAUAAGAAAACUCUUCCAUUCCCACUUCUUUCCGAUGCGGAGCGUUCACUCAUUGAAAAACUAACCGGGAGCGCGAAGAAGACGGCAAGAAGCCACUUUGUAUUUGCUGGUGACAAACUCGUCGACAAAAGAAUGCCCGUCAAGCCAGCAGAUAGUCCUCGCCUUGCACUUGAAUUCAUCCGUGCACUUGAAACAGGCAACACGAGUACACUAGAGAAGAUUGAAGCGCCUGACGCUGCUGACGUGGCUGCAGCGAGUGCCGCAGCGACAGUAGCUGCUGAACAGCCUCCGCAGGACACGGUCCCGACUGAUGUUGCUCCAGCGAACACAACAGGAGACAGCACAAUCACUGGCGAAGCGGCACAAGCUCCGGCAGCAGCGUAAUAAGUUUAUUUAAAACGGUUGGAACAAGAAAUAAUAAGGAGCGAGAAACGGGAGAGACACGGAAAGACGAUCUUAAUGUUCCCUUGUCUCUGGUGGGAUCAAAAUUCGUGAUAGGACACUGCGUUGAUGGACUGUACAUAUAUGAACCUGAAAUGUUCUUGCUUUCCUAUUUGCUUUGGUCGGUUUUGUAUAAAAUAAUAUAAUCGUGCUUUGCG